CAUCACAUCUCACAUAAUUGCCAUAACAAUUAUAUUAUUGCUUUGUUGUAAGCUGAUAGUUAUGACGGCCACAAUUGCUUCUUCAAGAGUUGAGACACUAGCAAGCAGUGGCAUGCAAUCAAUCCCUAAGGAGUACGUGAGACCAAAAGAGGAGCUAAUCUCUAUUGGUAAUGUCUUUGAGGAGGAACAAAAAGAUGAAGGAUCUCAAGUUCCAACAAUAGACAUUAAAAACAUAGCGUCGGAGGAUCUAGAGGUUCGAGACAAGGCGAUCCACGAGCUCAAAAGAGCCGCCAUGGAGUGGGGUGUCAUGCACCUCGUAAACCAUGGUAUAUCUGACGAGCUCAUCGAUCGCGUUAAGGUGGCCGGAGAGGCAUUUUUCGAGCUCCCUAUUGCGGAGAAGGAGAAAUAUGCUAAUGAUCAAGCUUCAGGGAAUGUCCAAGGGUAUGGAAGCAAGUUAGCAAAUAGUGUUAGUGGACAACUUGAGUGGGAGGACUAUUUUUUCCACCUUAGUUUUCCUCAAGAUAAAAGGGACUUGUCCGUUUGGCCUAAGACUCCCGCGGAUUACAUUCCAGCAGUAUCAGAGUAUUCCAAGGAACUAAGAUCCUUAGCAACCAAGAUCCUUUCGGCGUUGUCACUCGCAUUGGGGUUAGAACAAGGAAGGCUAGAGAAAGAAGUAGGAGGCAUAGAAGAGCUUCUCCUACAGUUCAAGAUCAAUUACUACCCAAAAUGCCCUCAACCAGAGCUAGCCUUAGGAGUUGAGGCUCAUACUGAUGUAAGUGCCUUAACUUUCAUCCUACACAACAUGGUCCCUGGCCUUCAACUCUUCUAUGAGGGUAAAUGGGUCACUGCAAAAUCUGUCCCUAAUUCCAUUAUCAUGCACAUUGGUGACACUAUUGAGAUACUCAGCAAUGGAAAGUACAAAAGUAUCCUACAUAGAGGGCUUGUUAAUAAGGAGAAGGUUAGGAUUUCUUGGGCAGUUUUCUGUGAACCACCAAAAGAGAAGAUCAUCCUUAAGCCUUUGCCGGACCUUGUGGCAGAGGAAGAGCCUGCUCGUUUUCCGCCUCGAACGUUCGCUCAGCAUGUUCAAUACAAACUCUUCAGGAAGACUGAUCAAAAUGUUCUUACUGAAAACACAAAUUAAUAAGUUGAUAAUUGUAUGAGAAGAGAUCUAAAUAAGGGUGUUGUUAACUCUUUCUGAUGGUGUUGUUGCUUAUUCUACUAGCUUAUAUUAUAUACAUUGAUAAAAAUGUUGUACUUUGUGAUAUUAAUGUAUGGUAUGACUUGAUCAUGCAUAACGUUCUAAUGCGCUAUUGUUAGUAAAUGUUUUGAAGUU